GGCAAGUGUGAGGCUGUGAGCCGACUGCCCUGGCGCCAAGUGGCCAGUUGGUAGCCGACGCCCAACAACUCCCGUCUCGACCCAGACUGAGUCUGCUGUCUGCCUGGCGAUGUCAGCCACCCGCGCGACGCCAACCGAAAUCGCCCGCCGCCUCCUCUCCUCCGUCAUCCAGUGACAGAGUUGUGACUUGUGACGCUACUGCGCGCGAGCAGGCAAAGUUUUUCCACGCGCACCGCGUCGGCUUAGUUUAGUGUAAGCGACCUGGCGUGAGAACAAGCCAAGAAAUUACUUCGCUGAUCCCGCCCUUCCGCGGCGUUCCCGUCCCCUCCUCCUCCUCCUCCUCCUCACACUCCGGCUGCCGCGAGCAGCACCCGAACCGCCGUCCUCCUCCGGUCUCGAUGAUGCCUCGGCGUCGACAAAUCGAGCAUCUUGACCAUGAGGACUGCGGCAGCCCGGAGCACUGGUGCUCGCCUCCUCCGGCUCCGGUUCUUGCUCCCCCGUCACCUUACGCUCCUCCGCCCUCCUCUCCUGCCUCCCACGGCCGCAGUACCUUCGUCACCGCUCUCAUCAUAGCCGGCUCAGCGCUUGCCUUCCUCGUCGUCUGCCUCUCCAUAUUUCUCGUCGCCCACCGCAGGGGGCAGCGACGGCGACGGCGACGGCGGCGGCGGGACGCGCUUCUUGAAGCCACCUUGGCCCCUGCGGCGCCCGCUGCCUUCCCCGACGGAGGCCUCGGCCCCGAGGAAGAAGUCGUGCACCACGCGUGGAACAUUCGGACCGUCGGGCUCGACGAGGCGGCCAUCGAGUCCAUUGCGCUCACGCCGUACCGCGCGGGGACCGCCGGCGUGCUCGGCGCCUCCGACUGCACCGUCUGCCUCGGCGAGUUCAGGGACGGCGAGCUCCUGCGGCUGCUCCCCAAGUGCGCCCACGCGUUCCACGUCCCCUGCAUCGACACCUGGCUCCGCGCCCACGUCAACUGCCCGCUCUGCCGCGCCCACGUGCUGGACCCCGCCGCCGCCGCCGAGCAGCUCGACUCACCCCCGGGCGCCGACUCCAACACCGAACAAGCCGUGAGCGGCAUCAGAACCACGGAACCCGAGCAGUUGGACCAACAGGCGAACGAGCAGCGAGAGCUGCGUGUCCAAAUUGAGCGUCGCGACCAGCCGAGCAGCUCGCCGGAGCGACUGCACCAAGACCCAGGCCCACGGGGCCGUAACUUUCGGCGCGUGGCUUCCAUGGACUCGCCGUCGCCGAUAUCGUCAGCCGAGGAGGCUCCAGAAGAGGAGCAGGCCGGUAGCGAGAAGAAGCAGGGGACAGGCGGUGCUGUUUACUGCGAGUUAUCAACAGGCUCCGGCCAUCUGAAGAACCACCGCGGCAUGAAGCGGUCCUUGUCCGUCGGCAACCGGUGGGCGCUCCUCUCUCGGCACUGCCGCAGGUCCAGCUCAUUGCUGCCGUUGUGAUUGCGGCCGAGACCUCUAUCUGUUGUAGAAAGAUGGAUUUUUGCCUGUGAAUGGUCAUGCGUGGUAGAAUAUGCUUGUUCUUCAGCAGUGUUGGUUGUUCUCUAUACAAUUUGCGAGUUCAGAGGGGUUACACUUGCACACUUGCUCACAAGUCACAACUACGCAUCAGAGCCUCUCGUUGGAGAAUCUCCUCCUCGCCUUGAGACUUUGUGUUGUGGUGUUCAACUUGUUCUUUGCGAGAUUAAAUCAUGAAUACAAAUUCACAUGUUCUUGGUGCCA